AUGACUGGCAUAGAUGGCGGAUGCAUGCUGCAGCGUAUGCAGCAGGGGCUGCAACAGAGGGAAGCGAAGCCCUAUGCUCUAGGCUCCCGAGGGAGUCUCUGGUCUCAGCCGUUGGCUGAAGGCAACAGAGUCCCUGCUCAGCUGCAACUGCAGCGGCAAUCCAGCAGCAGCAGCAGCGGCGCUGCCUCUGCGGGUGCUCCGAGUCGCAGCGGCUCUUUGCUGCUGCAGGCGGAGGAAGUGCUGGGGGAAUUAGCUGAGGGCAUGAAGGAGGAGCUGCUGCUGCCUCAAAGAUGUUUAGGAGACAAAGCUUGCCCUGUCAUCGCCAAGCACCUCUUCAGGUGUAUGGGGCUGCGUUCAGUGGACCUUUCGGCAAACAACAUUUCUCCAGGAGGGUUCAGUCAAAUAGCCCCCGCUAUCGGCAGCCUUAAGUAUCUGCGGCGGCUGAGGCUUGACUGGAACCCCCUAGGGGAUGGUAUGCAGGAAACCGAUGUUCCCUUCGGGCUGCAGCCGCAGCAACAGCAACAGCAGCAACAGCAGCAGCAGCAGCGGCAGUGCAGAAGCCUGCGGCAAAUACACCUCAGGAACAACGCACUCGGGGAAGAGGGCGCUGCUCAACUCUCGGCGUCUCUCAAAGCCAACAGAAGCCUCACAACCCUUGACCUCUCGGGCACUGGGGCGAGGCCUUCGACUUUAAAAGAAGUUUCGAGGUGCUGCGCUGACAACAACAAGUUGCUGGAGCUGCUGCCGCUGCAGCAGCAGGAGACCGUAGGGUUGCAGCGCGGCAGCAGCAUGCAGCAGCGCCAGCAGCAGCAGCAACAGCAGCAGCAGCAGCAAAACCAGCAGCAAAAGCAGCAGCAACCAGUCGAUGACUAUGUAUCCAGAAUUGAAGCUGAGCUAAAGAGCACAGAGCAGCAAAGCGCUCGAUUGCUGCGUCGCCUGGAGUCGGACUUGGCGUCUUCUGCGCAACGACAUAACGAAACAAGGAGGGAAAACAUGCUCUUGAAGCAACGCAUCUGCGAGCUCCAAGGAGCCACAGUGAAGUCUAACUUAAUGCAAGACGAGCGCCGAGAGUUGCUCAAAGAAAACGCCUUCUUGAAAGGGAGUCUGGAGGAGAGGUACAGAGAACUGUGCGAGUCGCGCCUUGUUGCACAGCAGCAGAAGCUGCAACUGCAGCAGCAACAGCAACAGCAGCAGCAGCAGCAACAACACCAAGCCAUGUUGCAGAGGCAGCUCCACGACAGGCAAGACACGAACGAGAAGCUCCUCAGCGAUCUUCAGCAGCGGGAGCUGCAGCUGCAGCAGACCGAGCUGCUGCUGCAGCAGCAGCAGCAGGAUACCGCGCGGAUUCAGGCAGAACUGGAACAGCAGCAGAAUGCAGCUGAGCGGCGACAGCAAAUGCUGCAGCAGGAAGUUGACAGACUGCAGCAGCAGCAGCAGCAUCUUCAGAAGCAGCUGCUAGAGGAAAAAGACAAACACAUGCAGCAGCAGGACGGAACUUUGCAGCAGCAUCAACAGCUGCAGAUGCAGCAGCAACAGCAGCAGCAGCGUAUCCUCGAGCUGCAGCAAGAACUGCAGCAAGAAGCACAGCGCCGCCUCCAAGGGGAAAAAGAAGCCUUAGAAGAGAAGCAGAGCAUUACAGCGAACCUGACAAGGACUCAGCAGCAGGUUGAAGAGCUGAGACAGAAGCUCCAGGAGAGGCGGGAGACCGAAGAGCUGCAGCAGCAGCAGCAGCAGCAACUGGAGCAGAGAGUUGCCGAGCUGCAGCAGGAAGCAACAGCAGCUGCAGCAGAAGCAGAAGACCUGCGAGCAAAGAUGCGCCAGCUAGCAACAAGGGCUGCUGCAGCAGAAGCAGAGCAACAGAGACAACGCGAGGCCCUCAACAGUCGUCAGAAGGUGCUGGAGCAGGUGCAGCAACAAAUGAAGGAGGAGCAGCAGAAUCACCUCAAAACCCAGGAGACCCUGAAAUCAGCAGCAGCAGCAACAGCCGCCAAGGCGGAAGAACAGCUGCAGCAAUUGCAGCAGCAGGUCCGACGACAUGAGCAGCAGCAACGGGAGCAGCAGCAGCAGCUCCACUCUGCAAAGGCGGAAGCUGCGAAGCACGAAGCAAAUCUCAGGGCCCUGAGGGAAACUCAUGGACAGCUGAAGGAUGAGCUAAGGAAGGCUCAGGCGGAGUGCCAAAGAGCGCAGGAAGAGGCCCGCUUAGCAGCAGCGCGGCUGCAGCGGCAGCAGCGCGAGUGGCAGCACCAACGCGAUGACCUCUGCGUUCGCCUCCGCGGAGGCAUUGAACAUCUGCAGGCCGUGCUGAGCGCAGCGAAGCAACAAGAAACAGAGCUGCAGACGCUGUAG